AAAGGGCAUCUACUGGUACCUUCUUUAGAUUUUUAUUUGUUCAUUUUUUAACUUGUUCAUAUUCUGGUUGCUUAGAGGUUAUAAAAUCAUGGACAUUACUAGAGAAAGAGAAUAAGGGGAGAGAGCCAUUUCUCGCUGAGUUAUGAAGUUUUAUCUUCAGCUUCUAGCUCUCUCACUUUCUGGCCUCCUUUUGCCUCUCGUUUGUCUCUGGAUACUCAAGGCCAGAUCCAAUUUUCACAAGAAGAAAGGCAGGACACCUCCAGAGCCAGCAGGGGCAUGGCCUCUUCUGGGCCACCUCCAUCUUCUUGGAGCAGACAAGCUACUGCACAGAACCUUGGGAGCCAUGGCUGAUAAUUAUGGACCAGCCUUCUGUAUCCGUUUAGGCAUGAAGAAGGCUCUGGUGGUUAGCAGCUCUGAAAUUGCAAAGCAGUGUUUCAUUGAAAAUGAUAAAAUUUUGUCCACCCGGCCAAGAUCUGUAGCCUUAGAAAUCAUGAGUUAUGACCAUGCUGUGCUUGGUUUUUCUCCUUACGGGCCAUACUGGCGCGAGGUACGGAAGCUAGCCAUGGUCGAACUCCUGUCAAGUCAUAGACUUGAAGUGCUCAAGCAUGUCAGGGACUCGGAGGUGAAGUUUUUUGUCAAGGAGAUGUAUGAGCAGUGGGUGGGGAAAGGGUGUGACAGCCCAGUUUUGGUGGAAAUGAAGCAGAAGUUUGGGGACUUGGCAAUGAACAUAAUUGUGAGGAUUAUUGCGGGAAAAAUGUAUGCUGGCAGCAGCAAUGAGGAGUCGAGGCGCUGCCAAAAGGCGAUGGGUGAUUUCAUGCAUCUAGUCGGCUUGUUUUUGGUUUCCGAUGCAAUUCCAUUUCUCAGUUGGCUGGAUGUAAUCAACGGAUAUCAUGCCGAAAUGAAGAGAUCGGCAAGAGAGGCAGAUGCUUUGUUUCAGGGGUGGGUGGACGAACAUCGGCAAAAGAGACUUAAUGGAAGCAUCAGCCCAGAGGAUCAAGACUUCAUCGAUGUGAUGAUGGGUGCACUGGAGGAGACCAAUGGCCAUUAUGGCCGUGACCUUGAUAGUGUCAUCAAGGCGACUUGCUUGAGUAUGAUUCUGGGUGGCAACGACACGACAGUGGCCACUCUGACAUGGGCGCUCACACUACUACUGAACAACCGCCAGGUGCUAAAGAAAGCACAAGAUGAGUUGGACAUCCACGUGGGCAAGCAGCGCCAAGUGAACGAAUCAGAUAUUAAGAACCUUGUGUACUUGCAGGCCAUUGUGAAGGAAACAUUAAGGUUAUAUCCUGCCCUGCCCCUGUCAGUGCAUCGCGAAGCCAUGGAGGAUUGCACCAUUGCCGGCUUCAACAUUCCAGCCGGCACACGCCUGCUGGUUAACCUCUGGAAGCUGCAGCGUGACCCAGACAUUUGGUCCAACCCCUUGGAGUUCCGGCCAGAGAGGUUCUGCAUGGACCAAAGAGAUUUUGAUGUUAGGGGUCACCAUUUUGAAUUGAUUCCAUUUGGGGCAGGCCGGAGGAUUUGCCCCGGGAUCACUUUUGCUCUCCAGGUCUUGCACUUGACUCUGGCCAGGCUCCUUCAUGGGUUUGAAUUGGGAACCGUCUCGGACAUGAAGGUUGAUAUGACUGAGAGCCCGGGGCUGACUGUUCCAAAAGCAACUCCAUUGGAGGUGCUCCUCACCCCAAAACUGCCUUCCAUGCUUUAUAACUGUUGAGCAGCAUCCAAAUAGGGCCAAAUUUUGUUGUUUCUCUAUAGCAUACUAGUACCUGCACAAAGAACUUGAAUAAUAGUCUGUCAACAGCCUAUCAUAUCAAGCUUGUAUUCUACCAUGGUCUCAGCUGAAUAAGAGCCCGCUUUUCUUACA